AUGGGUUGUUGGUUCAACUGCCAUCGAACCACCCACCAAGCACCAUCAACCACUCAUCACUACGAACAUAUCAAGCAAGAAAUCAUCCAUAAAGCCGAAGGAGAAUUCGGUGUCAAUGCAAAAGUCGAUGUGGAUGUCCUCGUUGAUUUCAUGUUACAGGUUCAAAUCGACAUGGGACUCGACAUUGGAAUACAAAUUUCUGUCUUCAAAAAUGAAGUUUUCGGAAUUAUAGGACUAAUUGCAUUCUGUGUUGCAAUAGUUUUGAUCGCAUAUUUCCUCCGAAAGUGUGGCUGCUGCUGUGUAUCAACUACCGACGACCAACACGAAUAUUUUGAACCAAGAUGCUCGCGAUAUUGA